CAUUGCGUAGUUUACGGACCGCAGCGUAACACAGAGCGUAACUCUGCAGAGCUGCAGGAGAGACUUGUAGCUUAACAGCCCUUAUUUUUCAAGGGUAUCUCCAUGAACAACCUAAAUGAUCCUCCAAGAUGGAAUAUAAGGCCAGACCCUCAGGGAGGUGCUGAUGGAGGAAAAUGGAACUAUGCUCUCCUGGUCCCGAUGCUCGGGCUUGCUGCCUUUCGCUGGAUCUGGACUCGAGAAUCACAACGUCAGAUCCAGGAAAUUAAGGUCCAGUAUGACCAGGACAUGUCUGCCCUCGCCAGAGACAUGGAGUUUAAAUACAAAGAGAUCCUGACGGAGAACCGCCGGACAGCCGCCGUCCUGGAGCUGGAGCUGGAGAAGGAGCGGCAGAGAGUGCUGGGCUACAGGAAGGCCCUGGUCAGCCAGAGCCAACAGCUGCUGGCAGAGCGCAAGCAGCUGCAGAAGGAGCGUGAGGAGGUGGAGAAGGAGAAAAGGCGGGCCGUGCAGUCCGGAGCAGCUGGCAUAGCUCUGCACAUGGCUCUGGAGCGAGAGGAAGAGUGGCAUCAGAAAGCUAAGACUUUGCUGGAUGAACUGGAGCUCCAGCUGGUGGAGAGGCAGGAAGCUUUCUGCAGCCUGCUUUUACCAAGGGAGCGCCGGAUGGAGAUGGAGAAGAACCUGCUCCUCAAGGUGGCCAAAGACCCUGUUGGGGCCGAGCUGGGUCUUGAGGAGGACCUCAGGGACAUUUUUAGCAAUGACAGGCACUGUGCAGACUUGCUGAACAUGGACAAAAGGAAAAAUGGCAAGCUGAUGUGGCUCUAUCUCAGGUACUGGCAGCUGCAGGUGACCCUGCAGAAGCAUAAGAGGGCAGAGGAGGCACUUAAAGGGCCAUUGCCCAAUGCAAAGUGACCUUGAUACCAUAAACAGUGGUCAGAAACUCCAUACCAGCACAGUUAGGUGAUUUCCCAGCUCAAACAAAUCUAAUUGAGUUAUUUAGCCUGGUUUCUUGAUGUGUUAGAGCAGGGAAAUUAAUGAAUUGGGCUGGACUAGAAUAAAUGUCACUUUCCAUAAACCCUUAAAAAUAAAGGAGCUAAUAAAUUGAGCUAAUUUAAGGAAUUAUCAGUUGAAGGGUUCUUUAGAAAAACAAAAGUUUCAUCACUCCAAAAACCCUUUUAGCACCUUUUAUUUUUGAGAGUUAUUAGGCAAACACUCCUUGUCCUCUAAACCCUCAAUUAGCACUUUAGUGUUGUGAGCCUCAUGGAUUUGCAGUACUGUGUGUCUGUUUUGCUCUUGUUUACAUGUCUGACAUGUUUAUGAAAUAGGAAAUCUUUAAAAAGGGAACUCAUAAAACUACUGACAAUCAUACUAGAAUAACUGUCGUGGUUUUAUCAUAUUAAAAGUUCAUUUUUAUA